AUGCUGGAACCAGAAGUUAUGUCUGCCGUUCGGUCACAGAUUUCGGAAUCUCGAACCCCAAUGACUUUGGAUGCUGGUCAUCGGAGUGCCGUUUGGAGUGAACAGGACGUGGAAGAGAGAGGAUUUACCGGUUUGACCGAUGGCGAUGUACGGCGUUUGCUUUUGGAAUCAGCAGGCUGCGACCUUUCCGAAUUCGAUCAACUGUGCCCACGCGAAUCGCCAACCCUGAUGGCAUCCAGUUGGAUGGACACAAAACUUGACACAAUGCGAACUCGUAGUCGUCUGUGGGACAGUCCAUUUGAAAAAUCUAUUCCGUGCAUUCAAUCGGCUCCAGAUGAUAUUGAUUUGGAUAAUUUCGAUUUGGAUGAGGAAAAGUUUUAUCUAGAAGACGAGGAACAAAGUGAUGAGGAAGAUAGAAAAGAUGGCAGGACUGAAAACAAUGCAAAACGAGCGCAAGAGUCAGAAUCACAGUUGAAACAGGAAAGCCACCAAUCGGAGCGGUACACCUCGAAUUCGAUUCCUACUGAGACAGAAUUGCGUCACGAUACAGUAGGUAUUGCUCAAUAUCUGCACGCUUGCGAGCAGUCCGGGGAACCCCCGAUUCCGGCCAUCAUUCGACAAUUGCCAAAAGAUACCAUUGAUCUCAGUCACCGAGGUUUGGGGCCUCAAGAGGUUAAACUAUUUUCCACCGGACUCCAGCGAAAUAUAACUGUGACUCAACUGAAUUUGUCUAGCAAUCAAUUGGGUGUGGAUGGAGCUAAAGCUUUGGCAUUUGCUCUGAAGGAGAAUGCAUUUUUGAAAACUUUGGUAAGUUUUUUUUACACUGGUGCUUUAAAACGUACUCUGACACGAUUCCUUUAUUUUUACAACCAGAAAGUACAAAUAUCAGAUAUCUGA